UCUCUCCUGUGUCACACGAAUACACAAUACACAGAUAAAAUCUUUCUUUCGUCUUCCCCAACAACAAAGCCCUCCCAAUCCUUCUCCCGGCGUCUCUCUCUCUCUCUCUCUCCAUUUACCACUACUGCAACUUUCUCUCUCUAAAACUACCAAAAGCCUCCGCCAAAUAUUGCAUAAUACUACUAUAUUCUUCCCUCUUUUGAAAAACAAAGAAGGUGAACACAACUCUUCCUGGGCUUUCUUGUUCUAUCCUUCCAGAAACUCCCAUAGCCUGAGAACGGCAGAAAACAACAAAGGCGGCGUCUGCCCAGACCCAAAACGGCGCAGUAUCGUUCUUUUACCAGACUCUUUCGGGGUAUACACAUCAGUUUUUUCCUUAAUUGUCAACAGCCCGGCUGUUACUUUGUUAACGAAUUUAGGCACGAUAAUCUGAAAUUUUCUUAUACAUUUUUCCUGGUAUAACUGGACUGUUAUUGUCCUUAGGGUUUUAAAGAGGGGAUAUUUAUUUCUUUUGAUCAUAUUGGUGCCUAGGGUUUGAUUAUUUUUGCUAUUCUCUUCAUUGGGUUUUAGUUUCCCCCAAGAAGGAAUCGUUAUUGUGGUUGUUUUGCAUGACGGAAAGGCCCAUUACUGUCUUGGUUGUGAUUCAGGGUACUUGUUAUUUUGUUUUUGGGGAAAUAUGGCGGCCUUGAGAAGCCCUUGUUGAAUAUCAAACAGUUGGCCUUGGGCACUGAUAUAACAGAUAGAUAAAGGAGUUUUUCUUGUUCUUGGUUUUUGAAACCUAGUCGAGCUAUUGUCCACUCGACUGGCUUACACUAAAUACAUAGGUGGACAGUGCAUAGAGGCGGAACCCAGCUAUUGUUAAUAGAACAGUUCAGAUUCUUUUGUUAUAUUGUAGCCAUGGAAGGAUUGAGAUAAAGAUGUUGUGCUGACAAUUCUAAUAAUUUGGUUGUUAAAGAUAAGCCAUGCGUUUGAGGGGCUUUUGGGGUUAGAAUAGGCUGAAAUUGGUGUUGCAUUUUUUAGAAUUUUACAAAGACAGUUAGGAUUGUCAGGGGAAAUGUGGUCGGACAUGCGGAAGCUGUUGGGAAUUUAAGAGAAGUUGGUUUUUUUCCUUUUAGUUUCAUGAACAUGUGCUGUGUCAGCUAUGGAAAGAAGUGAACCCUCAUUAGUUCCAGAAUGGUUGAAAAGCUGCGGAAGUGCAACUGGAAGUGGGGCAACAUCCCAUCCACUUUCACCAUCAGAUGAUCAUGCUGUAUCAAAACUUGCUAGAAACAAGUCCUCGGUCAAUCAUAAUGAUCAUGAAAUAGGGCGAUCAUCUGUUUCCGAUCGAACUUCCGCAUCAUAUUUUCGCCGGAGUUCCAGUAGUAAUGGUUCUGGUCAGAUGCAGUCUUACAGUAGUUUUGGGAGGAAUCACCGUGGUAGGGAUUGGGAUAAGGACCUGUAUGAGCCUCGUGAUAGAGAUAACUUAGUUGUUGGAGGCCAUAAGCACCGGGAUUAUUUAGAUCCACCCGUCAAUAAUUUUCCUGGCAAUUUUGAGAAGGAUGGAUUAAGGCGUUCUCAGUCAAUGGUUUCUCGGAAGCGCAAUGAGAUUUGGCCUAAAAGAUCAAUAGCUGACUCAAAUUCUGCCAGUAGAAACAAAAGUACUGAUGGAAAUAGCCUGCUUGAUAAGGGCGAUUCAGUUGGCACUGUACACAAAGUUGUAUUUGAACGAGAUUUUCCUUCCCUUGGAUCAGAAGAAAGACAAGCAACUUCUGAGGUAGGAAGAGUCCCUUCUCCAGGAUUAAAUACUGCCAUUCAUGGUUUGCCAAUUAGUGCCUCAGCUAUCAUUGCUGGGGAUAAAUGGACUUCAGCUCUGGCAGAGGUUCCUGCAAUUGUUGGAGGUGGCGGUACUGGACUUUCACCUGGGCGACAAGCUUCGCUGCCUAGUUCUCCUGCUUCUUUGCCCUCAAGCACUUCCGCUGGUCUCAAUAUGGCUGAAACUGUUGCUCAGGGUCCUCGUGUUCAAGCUGCUCCAAAGAUAACUUCCGGAACACAAAGGCUUGAAGAACUGGCUAUAAGACAGUCUCGCCAAUUGAUUCCAAUGACUCCAUCAAUGCCUAAACCGUCGAUUUUGAAUUCUUCUGAUAAAGGAAAAGCAAAAGCUGGACAGCCGCAGCAUCCAGUUUCAUCUCCUCUUCUGAGUCCUUCAUUGCGUGGCGGGCCUGUUAAAACAGAUGCUUCAAAGACAAGUAAUGCUGGAAAGCUUCUUGUUCUCAAGCCUCCAAGAGAGCGGAAUGGUGUGUCUACCGCUUCGAAGGAUACCUUGAGCCCAACAAGUAGUACCAGGGCAGCAACUUCAGGCAUUGCUGUUGCGACAUCGGUGACUGGAUUGGCUACCUCAAGGGGCCCUGCAAUCAAUCCUGUUUCCCCUGGUGCUGAGCGCAAGCAUGCCCUUCCGAUGUUGGAGAAGAAACCGAGUUCUCAAGCUCAGAGUCGAAAUGACUUUUUUAAUCUUAUGAGGAAAAAAUCUAUGCCGAGCUCUUCUUCUGUUGCAGACGCUGGUUCUGCUGUGUCAGCCUCGACUCUUGAUGAGCCUGGUGAACUAGAAGUUAUCCCUGCUCCUGUUAUUCAUGAGGACGAAGAUGUGCCAUCAUUAGACCGCCUGAAUGGUUGCCAGCAUACUGAGAAUGACUUGUUCGGCAUCCAGUCAAGAUCUCUUCCACUGUUUUCAGAGGAGGAAGAGGCUGCAUUUUUACACCAACUUGGUUGGCAGGAAAAUGCCGAUGAGGAUGGUCUUACGGAGGAGGAGAUUAAUGCUUUCUUUAGGGAUUUGAGUAAGUAUAUGAAUUCAAAGCCGUCCUCAAAAAGUUUACAAGGAGUGCAACCGAAGUUUCCGUUGCUGCUCAGCUCACACGGUGCUAUUGGUGCUAUUUCUUCUGGAUCUGACUCGAAGUUGGAGUCUUGAUUUUACUGAACUAGUGCUGGUUUUAAUGGAAUUAAGUUGGGGAGGCAUUUUUAAGGAUUUUUGACUUUUUUGUUCUUUUCUAGAGUAUUCAGAUGGAAAAUCGCGAAAUUCAGGUAGCUACUGCAAGAAGAAUCCAUGCAUUUUGAGGGAAGUGAAUGGUAGGAAUAAGAAACAGGUGGUCGGGUUCUGAUGAUGACUUACUGAAAUGCUGCUUUACCUGCUAUAAGAUCUUAGAAAUUUUGUGAGCUAGGACUUGGGAUGAGAAAUAUAGGAAUAGGUUACUGUAAUGCUGCUGCCGCUGCUGCUGAGCAGCAGCAAAAUGUGGGUAGAUCAGUUUUGAGUUUUGAGGAAGGGUUAAAUCCAAAUUGAUAAGAUAUGGUUUGUUUAUUGGGGGUUAGAAAGGGGAAAAGAAGAAAGAAUAGUUUUUGGGAAUCUUCACUUUCUUUUGAUCUUAUCCGCAACUGUUGAUUAUAUAUUAUCUAAAGUUAAUGCAUGGAGAAGGCGAAGCAUUAGAAGGGU